AUGAGGCUUUCCGCAGCUGUCAUCGCUCUCCUUUCCACGAGCGCCACCGCUCUCAGCGUUUUCCGCGAGAACAGCGUUUCCGCCAACGAUGAGCUCGACGUUCCCGGCAAGUCGCCCUUGAAGUUCUGCGAUGCCGCGGCCGAUCGCAAAGACGACAUCAUCACCAUCGAGGAGGUCGUCCUGACACCAAACCCACCUGAGGCCGGUCAGACCCUGACCAUCGAAGCGUCCGGUAUCGUCAAGGAGGCCAUCGAGGAGGGCGCGUACGUCAACUUGUCAGUCAAGUACGGCUACAUCCGCCUGAUCAGCACCACUGCCGACCUGUGCAAGGAGAUGAAGAACGUGGAGCUUGAAUGCCCCAUUGAGAAGGGCAGAAUCUCGAUUACCAAGAACGUUGAACUGCCCAAGGAGAUCCCACCUGGCAAGUACACUGUUGAUGCCGAUGUCUACACCAAGGAAGACAAGCACAUCACCUGCUUGACCGCCCAGGUUACCUUUGGCCGCAAGACUCUUGGCUUCUUUGACGAUCUCUGA